GGUCGUAGAAUUAGAAAAAAAAUGAAAGAGCGCCGGAGAAUACCCGGCCACCGCCCUGUCGGAUAAGCUAUACGAUGCUACAGCACAGCUGCCAGGGUGUACUUGCCAAGAAGCGCUAAUAAGCCUCAGUGGGGGUUUCCAUUUUAGCAGAAAAGCAUCGACGAUCGUCAACAAAUUUGAUGGAGGGGGCAUGGGAAAGAUGGAGGGGUCAAUAAGUUGGAAGAGUGCCCCGCGGAUCGCUCCUGUCUGGCGCAUGUGUUUGGUGUCGGUGUUAGUAUUGGCGCAGGUCAGACCCUGAACCUUACAUUCUUUGCAUUUUGUGAAACCUUUUUACCUUUUCCUAUUUUUUCGCUCAUCCCUCCUUUUUCUAUCUUACCGGUAUCAUAUAUUCACCUCCCUAUCUGUGUUAUUUGUGCAUCUCGUCGUCUCUGCUCCAAAGUUUGCUAGACGCAAGACAACGCAAGGCAGUCUGUAGAAAAUAUAGACCAAUUGUUUGGUGUGUGACGUCACCCCUUUUUUCUAAGCAGGUCCGAUCAAAGUCCCUCAUAAACUCAUAAGAGAGAGACAAGGAUAUAAGAUAUAAAGGAGGGAAGCACGGACGAAAUUAUUGAGAUAUUGCCACGAGGACCUUGGGAAUAUCAUCAUCAACAUGGCUCAACAAAAUGGAACCAAUGGCGUCAACGGGACACUUCCCGCGCUGCGCACACAACCCAAGGCCAUCUUCUUCACCGACUUCGACGGCACCAUCACGCUACAGGACAGCAACGACUUCAUGACCGACAACCUGGGGUUCGGCGUGAAGCUCCGGAAGCAGGGGAACCAGGACGUGCUGUUCGGGAAGCGCACGUUCCGCGACAGCUUCCAAGAGAUGAUGGACAGCGUCAAGACCCCUUACGACCAGUGCAUUGCCACUCUGCUCAAGAACGUGCAGCUCGACCCCUGCUUCGCCGAGUUCUUCAAGUGGACGCGCGAGAACAACGUUCCCGUCGUUGUGCUGAGCGGCGGUAUGCAGCCCAUCAUCCGUGCUCUGCUCGCUCACCUCGUUGGCGAGGACGCUGUUGAGCAUAUGCAAAUUGUUAGCAAUGAUGUUCAGCCCCGGCCGGGUAAAAGCAUCAAUGAGGAGGACGGCUGGAAUAUUAAGUUCCACGAUGACAGUGAAUUUGGACAUGACAAGUCCCUCGAAAUCAAGCCUUACGCUGCUCUACCAAAUCGGCCUAUCAUGUUCUACGCCGGAGAUGGUGUGUCUGAUCUUUCUGCCGCGAAAGAGACUGACCUGCUGUUUGCCAAGGCUGGACGAGACCUCGUCACCUACUGCGAGAAUGAGAAGGUACCCUUCGUCACCUUCAACGACUUCUCCGACAUCCAUAAGGUCGUUGCCGACGUAGUCGAGGGUAAGAUUAGCGUUAAGGAAGCAGCGAAGGGAAGGCUAUAGAUCCGGGCAUUUCAGACCUACCUAGAAGGGCGAAUGCUCCCCCUUUUCCCCCUAAACCCCUAGAGGAAACAUCGCAUCAUCUCAAUCAUUCAGGUUAGACAAUACAGUCUAGGCAGAAUUCCUAACCCGCAUAAUAGAUAUUAUCUAUAGACGAACGGAUAGACAGAUGGGCAACGGUUUCAUAUGACCUCAAGGAUGAGCAGGUGUCCAUUAAGGACCCAGUCUCCAGUAGUGAGCAUGCCUUAUUAGAGUUUUAGACAAUCAUCAUAACCAGUGGAAUGAAUAUUCAUUGACACGAUUCUAGU